AGUCCAGUACUGGUGGGGUGGGCGGUGGCUCUGGCUGACGUGGGCAGAGUGGUGGGUGCCAGUGGUCUCAUCCUCUUCCCCUCCAUGCUACACUCACAAUACUACCUCCAGUGUGCUCUCGGUCUGCUGGGGUCAACUGUGGGCUCGGCUGUCGCCUUCACAGAUCCCAAUUCCACAUCACAGACGGUGCUGGUGUUUGUUAGUCUGUUUUUGAUCGGGGUGGGAUCGAACCCCCAACUAGUGAAUGCGAUGGCCAAUGUCGAACAUAGACAAGAGACCAAACUCAACAGCAUCGCAUUUAGCGUGGGAAAAUUCCUCUCCUUUGGCACUUCCUUGUGCACCUUAGUACCACUUUACGGGUGGGGCACACAAACAAGCCCCCAAACCCCAAACGAUGAAGAAGGGGGAGGGGACUCUAGAGAACCACUGGAUCCGGGAUCCGACACUAGGUGGGCGUGGCUGUCACUAGGCACGAUGGUAGCUUUCCUGCUAAAUGUGGGAAGUAAGAUCCUUCUGGACCGCCUGUACCCUCCGAUGAGCAGGAGUGAUUCGUAUCCCCAGGUGGAGUUGAACAAAGGGGGAGGAGGGGGCAACGGGGAACAGACUCCCAUCGUGCAGAGUGCCUUAGAUGCAAAACAACAGGCUCAGUCGUUGCCCCUGUUCGUGUGGGUGUGUCUGAUCUCUGUGAGUGCGAGGGGCAGUGCCAGAUCCCUGAUGGUGUCGAUGGGCCCCCUUUUCCUGCAGAGACACUUCUCCCUCUCCCACUCCUCAGUCAGCACCCACUACUUCCUCCCUCUAGUCCUCUCCGCCCUACUCUUCCCCCUCAUCUCCCUCACACUCUCUCACAGACAUCAACUGCUGGCCGCCAAUCUCUUUCUCUGCCUGUCUCUACUUAUCUUCCCCUUCUGUCCACAGUUACUAAUGUGCAGUGGCGACCUGUGUCUUUAUGGCGUCUGUGCAGCUGUGUUGGAAAGUGUGCGAGUUCCUCUUCUGAAGAGUGUCUUCCCCCACCAGAAGGACUCCCACGUGCACUCCGUCACCAGACUAGUGGGGGCACAACACCUCGUCUACACUCUCUUCUACGCACUCAGUGCCAGCUACUCUGGACUGCUCUAUAACAUACACUACUGGUUGCCAUUCGUCAUCGCAGCUGUGGUGCAAAGUGUGUGUGGUUUGGGUGUGGGCUACGCUGGCAUAGUCAUGUGGGACAGACACUCCCACUCAGAGUCCCAACAACCCCCUCCCCCCUCCCAAGGGGGCGAAGAGGGGCAACUAUAUGAUAACACUCGGACAGGUGUAAAUAACAAUAAGAGUCAGAACAACAAUGGAGUCACAGUAAUAGGCAAUGGAAUGUUCAACAAGCAACGAGGACAAUUUGGCUACUCACAAUUCUCAGACGAUGUGGGAGCUACACACGUUGUGCAACCGAAUAGCCGAGUGAUCAACAACUCUGGUUAUGGUUAUCAGUGAUUCGGGAGCCACCGAGGAUUAAAGACGAGAGAAGAACCCGACAUCUCAGAACCCCAUUUGCCUGAUAAUUGUUUUUCAAUAGAUCAUGUUGUGCUUACAGGAUUCGAGAUACGCCUGCUGCCAUAUUUAUUUUAUAAAAUCCUGCUUAAUGGA